AACAAUAAAAGAGAAUGUCAAAUCAGCAUGGUAAAUGCACCAAAAACUUAUGUUUACUGCAGUUGUUGAAUUGGCGAAUUGUGUUGAUUUGGAAAUUCUUAGUGUAAACGUUGUCAACAAUUUAUUUUCUUUGUUCAAAAACCAACAUAACGGCAGAAUGGAUAAUGAAGGCGUCGCAAAUAUACCCACCUCCAGAUUCACAUCUACGCCACCGACAAAUAAAAUAACAACACCCAAACAGGACACCGCAGAAAAAGACACAACGCCGCCAACAGCUCGCCCCAAGCUUGAAGGUUACGAAUUUUAUCGCCAAGUCCUUGGAUCACCACAGUAUGUGGUGGCGCCAAUGGUGGAUCAGAGUGAAUUGGCAUGGCGUAUGUUUUGCCGCAAAUAUGGCGCCCAAUUAUGCUACUCACCAAUGUUUCACUGCAACUUGUUUGCCAAAGAUCCAAAGUAUCGCAGAGAUGCGCUACAAACAUGCCCGGAAGAUCGACCAUUAAUCAUACAGUUCUGUGGUAACGAUGGAGAAACGCUGCUGGAGGCUGCACUCUUGGCUCAGGACCACUGUGAUGCGAUUGACAUUAACUUAGGCUGUCCGCAGGCGAUUGCAAAGCGCGGUCAUUAUGGUGCUUUUCUGCAAGACGAAUGGGAACUCCUUGCUGAAAUUGUCAGCACCUUACAUACAAAGCUCUCCGUGCCCGUCACAUGUAAAAUUCGCGUUUUUGAAGACCGCAAACGUACAAUCGAGUAUGCAAAAAUGUUGGAAGCGGCGGGUUGUCAACUACUUACUGUGCAUGGUCGAACGCGAGAGCAAAAGGGGCCGCUAACCGGCGUCGCUGAUUGGAGUUACAUCAAGGAAGUGAGGCAACAUAUAAAAAUUCCUAUGUUUGCAAAUGGGAAUAUACUUGGCUUGGAGGACAUCAAGCGCUGCCUUGCAGAAACGGGGGUGGAUGGUGUGAUGACUGCGGAGGGAAAUCUACACAAUCCAGCUAUAUUUACUGGUGAAUUAGUAAAAACUUGGGAUAUGGCAAGCGAGUAUUUAAAUUAUGUACAGAAAUAUCCCUGCCCAGUAUCCUUCAUUCGUGGACAUCUAUUCAAAAUCUUCCACCAUUUAAUGAACUUGCGACCGAAUGCAGCACUGCGUGAAGAAUUAGCAGUAUCCAAUCAAUUGGAGCAUUUCCGAGCUGUAGUCGAAAAAAUCAAAAGCAAAUAUGAACCAUACCAUGUGGGCGCAGCAAUCUACGAUGACGAGGAAGUGGAUCUCAGUGUUUUGGUUUUCAAGCAAGGUUUGAAUUUAUCUCUGCCACCAUGGCUUUGUCAACCGUAUGUGCGAGUGCCUCCUGAGACUCACAAACAAAUCAUUGCUGAAAAAGUGCGCCUUGCUGAAGACCCCAAUCAGCCGAAGCGAAAAUUUUUCGACACCGAAGGUAAUGAGAUCUCACGCAAACGCAUGAAGAAGCUGCGUAGGCGUAUGCGACGCCCCAAUAGGCCGGAAGGUAAACAUGAACGUAGCUUAGAAUGCUGUGAUCAAUGUGCGAAUCCUGUGGGCAUUAAAUGUGAAUACCGUUUGUGCCGUACCUGCUGUCGGGAGAAAUGCUAUUCCGAAGAUCGUGAUUGCCCCGGACAUGGAAUCUUGAUCAAAUCGCGUCGUAUUAAAGCAAAACAAUACGAAAAUCAAGGAGGGAUCAAACACGAUUCGGGUCUAUCUGAUGAUCUGGAAGAGUAUAAUAAAGGUUCAUAUCCGGCUAAUCAUUUGCCCAAAGUAGACGUAAAAUCUGUUCUCAAUGGGGGCAGAUGAUUUUUAAUCAUAAAACUGUACUUAUUUUUAGUUAAAAUGUAUAUAAAUUUCAAUGUACAAUACUUAGACGAAUAAUUUAAGGCUUAUAUCUAUUCAGUUCCUACCAAAUGGAAUAUUCAAAUAAGAAACCUUUUGUUUGGUAGACUUUUUCAAGAUAGAUAUAUUUCAUAUUACUAUGAUAUAUUUGUUUAUUAUUGACUGUUAAAUUAAAGCUUUCUACUACGAACUUUUGUGGUCAAUCCACUCACAGUAGGAAUAAAUAUUAAGAUCCGAGUUUCAUACUACGAAAUUUAAUGGUUUUCGUAUCAGACGAACCUUGGAAUAAAAUUAA